GUUUUUAUUAUCAAACGCUAAUCUAAUGUGUGAAAUAUUUUAACCUGUAUUUGUUGUAUUUAGGUAUAUAUCUAAUUCUGACUAAGAUGCAAGAGCUCAUUACAUAUUAUGGGAAUGGAACUUUGUUACACAUGCAGAAACACCUCGAAGCCUGCAUGUAGAACAUCUACUGAGAAGUUGCUUUAAUCAGAUAUCAGCUGAUUGGGGGAAAGAAAAAGAACAGAGAACGGACAGCACUCCCCUGGUCUUGGAUGUAAGAGCACCCAGCAGCGAUGGACUGGCGCUUUGGGACAGCUGCAGUGCUGUUCAUUGUUCUGGUGGUGGUGGAAGUUAACAGUGAAUUUCAAAUUCAGGUAAGGGAUUAUAACACUAAAAAUGGCACCAUCAAGUGGCAUUCAAUCAAAAGGCAAAAGCGUGAAUGGAUCAAGUUCGCUGCAGCCUGUCGUGAAGGAGAAGACAACUCAAAGAGGAACCCAAUAGCCAAGAUUCAUUCAGAUUGUGCGGCCAACCAGCAAGUCACAUACCACAUCUCUGGAGUAGGAAUUGAUCAACCACCUUAUGGAAUCUUCGUUGUCAAUCAGAAAACCGGUGAAAUCAACAUAACAUCUAUAGUUGAUCGAGAAGUCACUCCAUUUUUCAUUAUCUACUGCCGGGCUGUAAAUGCUCAAGGCCAAGAUUUAGAAAGAAUUCUUGAGCUCAGAGUUAGGGUCUUGGAUAUAAAUGACAAUCCUCCCGUGUUUUCUAUGUCUACAUUUCUAGGACAAAUAGAAGAAAACUCUAAUGCAAAUACGCUGGUGAUGAGACUCAAUGCUACUGAUGCGGAUGAACCCAAUAAUCUGAACUCGAAAAUAGCCUUCAAGAUCAUAAGCCAGGAACCUUCUGAUUCACCCAUGUUUAUUAUCAACAGAUACACUGGAGAAAUUCGAACAAUGAAUAAUUUUCUAGACAGAGAGCAAUACGGCCAAUAUUCUCUUGCCGUGAGAGGCUCAGACCGAGAUGGCGGGGCAGAUGGCAUGUCAGCAGAGUGUGAGUGCAGCAUUAAAAUCCUCGAUGUCAAUGACAACAUCCCCUACAUGGAACUGCCUUCACGUUCCUUAGUAAUCGAUGAAAAUGCUCUGUAUUCAGAUUUGCUCCAAAUUACAGUCAUUGAUUUGGAUGAGGAAUUCUCAGCUAACUGGAUGGCAGUAAUUUUCUUCAUCUCUGGAAAUGAGGGAAAUUGGUUUGCAAUAGAUAUGAAUGAAAGAACAAACGUGGGAACUUUAAAGGUUGUUAAGCCCCUAGAUUAUGAAGCUGUGAAGAAUCUACAACUUAGCAUUGGUGUUAGAAAUAAAGCUGAAUUUCAUCAGUCCAUUAUGUCCCAAUACAAGCUCACAGCAACUGCAAUCUCAGUGACUGUGUCAAAUGUAAUUGAAGGCCCAGUGUUCCGUCCAGGUUCAAAAACAUACGAAGUAACUAGUAAGAUGGGACAAAAUCAUAGAGUGGGAGAAUUUGUAGCUACUGAUCUGGAUACUGGUGGCCCUUCGACAACUGUUAGAUAUGUAAUGGGAAAUAAUCCAGCCAAUCUGCUUGCUGUUGAUUCAAAGACGGGAGUCAUUACUUUGAGAAAUAAAAUUACCCGGGAACAAUAUGAGAUGCUUAACAAGAAAUACGAAGGAACAAUUCUGUCUAUAGAUGAUGCUCUUCAAAGAACUUGUACUGGUACCAUUAUAAUGAACCUAGAAGGUGAUGGCUGGGAAGUUAAUGAAUCUACUACAACAGUUACCCCCAAGUAUAAAGAAGAAAGUACCAUUUCAAGACAGACUGACACGUUGGAUAAUGGUAGAACAUAUCCAAGAGAACCUGUCGAUGUUGUGCCCCUUUUCCCAGAUAAUGUGCAUUUUGGUCCGGCUGGCAUUGGGCUACUCAUCAUGGGAUUCUUGGUCCUAGGCUUGGUCCCAUUUUUGCUGAUCUGCUGUGAUUGUGGAGGUGCCCCCGGUGGGGGAGCCGGCUUUGAGCCUGUUCCUGAAUGUUCAGAGGGAGCAAUUCAUUCGUGGGCAGUAGAAGGACCACAGCCCCAGCUGAUGAAUUUGACCACUAUCCCUGUACCACAAAUAGCACUGGAUAAUGCAAAUAUGGGUGAAUGUAUGGACACAUCAGGGGUUUACACAAAUGAAUACUGUGGCAAAGAAAUGCAAGAUAUGGGAGGAGAAGAAAGAACGACAGGAUUUGAACUAGCUGAUGGAAUUAAAACAUCAGGAGCACCUGAGACAUGUCAAGAAUACUCUGGAACAUUAAGAAGAAAUUCUAUGAGGGAGUGUAGAGAAGGAGGUCUGAAUAUGAACUUCAUGGAAAGUUACUUCUGUCAGAAAGCGUACGCUUAUGCAGAUGAAGAAGAAGGACGCCCAUCCAAUGACUGUUUGCUCAUAUAUGAUAUUGAAGGUGUAGGUUCCCCCGCUGGCUCUGUGGGCUGCUGUAGCUUCAUUGGAGAAGACUUGGAUGAUAAUUUCUUGGAUAAUCUGGGGCCUAAAUUUAAGAAGUUGGCAGAUAUCACCCUGGGAAAAAGUGUUGAACCAUAUCCAGACCUUGAUCCCUUGUGGCCACCUGAGAGCACAGGACCAAUUUUCUCUCCACAGGAAACAGAGCCCCUUGCUAGUGGGCCCCCUCCCCUCUCCCCACGCUAUGGCACUACCACAGUCAUUUCUGAGAGCACCUACCCCUCGGGACCUGGUGUACAGCAUCCUAUGCCUAUUCCUGAUCCUCUAGGCUAUGGCAAUGUCACUGUGACCGAGUCUUAUGCCACCUCUGGCACUCUGAAGCCCUCUGUUCACAUUCAUGAUAACCGACAUGCCUCAAAUGUGCUGGUGACAGAGAGGGUGGUAGGCCCUAUCUCUGGUGCUGAUUUGCAUGGAAUGUUAGAGAUGCCUGACUUGAGAGAUGGCUCCAAUGUUAUAGUGACAGAAAGGGUAAUAGCACCAAGUUCAAGUCUACCCACCACUUUGACCAUCUCUGAUCCUAGAGAGUCUUCAAAUGUGGUAGUGACAGAAAGAGUAAUUCGACCCACUUCUGGCAUGAUGGGCCCUUUGGCUAUGCACCCAGACUUAUCAAACGCCCACAACGUAAUUGUGACAGAGAGGGUUGUCUCUGGCUCUGGUGUAACUGGAAUUAGUGGCCCAGCUGGGAUAAUGGGAGGCAGUGGCACAGUCAGCAGUGGCUUCAUUGGCAGUGAAGCUGGAAUAAGUGGUGGUGGCAUCAUGCUGAGUAGUCUGGAAGGAGGCGGGGGCCUGAGUAGCAGCAUGGGGAGGACAGCCACCAUUGGCCACAUGAGGAGCUCGUCUGACCUUCACUUUGGCCAGACCCUUGGAUCUGCCUCCCCUAGCACAGCCCGAAGUCGAAUCACGAAGUACAGUACAGUACAAUAUGCUAAGUAGCCAGGAUCCCAGCACCGUUUUUCUCAGCAGUUGUGAUUUAGGUUUAAUUCCCACCACUGAAAAGCUAACGAUGUCAUUUAUGAUGCACAACUUGGUGCUUCGGUAGUUGUGGAGCAAGGUGAGAAAAAUAGGUGAAAACAGUGCUGCUGGGCAAGAGCUCUCCAUGGCAUUUGUAAACGUUUUUGUUACAUUAAUACUAAUGGAGUCAUGACAGGGAACUAAAACUUGAUUCAGGGUUUUCUUCACUUCUGUGUGGCCUGCAGUGCAUCUCUAGCAUGUGGAGGAAACAAAACCCAGUCAUAUAAAAGCACAGGCCUUAUAAUGGCAAUUUACAUAAAUAAUUUUCUUGCUCCUUUUUCAUAUGCCAUGUAGUUCAGGCAACAUUUAAAAAGAACUAAACAUGCCAUAGGUAUUCAUGUGUGUGGGACAAAUUUGAAAAAUGUGCUCAAUGCCCUGUCAAACUUAAAAAUAGCAUACAGAAAAGUCCAACCACACAUAUUCAGACCAGGAUUAACCAUUAAGGAAAAAAAUAUCUGGUUACAUAUCAAAGUUCACCAGCCACCAAGCCCUCCUACCUUGGUAAUUGCACUAGAUAAAAUAAACCUCAAAAUGGGAAAUGCUUUCUAGUGUCAGGGAGGAGAUUCUGUAAGAGUGGCAGCAGUGUGAGAGCCAUUCAGGGUACACUGGCAAUGUCUGAGUCUGAAACUUGAGAUAGGGCUGCAGCUACAAUUUUCUCAAGUCAAGACUUGUCUGCUUCUAGUUUGUGUUCAAUGGAGAUGCAAUAGUAAUUGCAUUGCCUACUGGUGAGGUUGCAGGAUAUCACAGUCAUCUUCCCCUUUCACUGUGGCUCUGACUUGAUAAAGGGAAAACCUGCCAAGUGUACUUCUCACAGUGAAGCAAGUGACAACUGACAUGGUCGUCCUCACCAGCGGUAGAGGACCUUCGAAGGAAGCAGAUGGGAACAGCAUUGGACUUUCAGACUGUGUUUUUAGCAUUACUCAUUUAUAUUCAGCUUCAUUAUUUCACAUCACCUAAGUUAAAAUGAUUUACUUAAGCUGAACUGUACGGUUAGGCUUUAGGGAAAUUUUAAAUGGAUUGAAAUACAAGUUUUUACCACAUGUAAAAUGUUCAAUGGGGAAACUUAAAAUUGUUCAGUAAGUAAUAUAGCAUUAGUUUGAAUUGAGUUUAGUACUUUUUAAAAACAACCCUCUGCUGCUAUUUCAAAGGGAUUAACUAAGAACUUUUAACAGAAUUGAUGAAAUUGUAUUAUGAAAUUAUACUAGACAACCCUAUUUCCUUAUCCUCUCCCUUCCCAACUGAAUUUUCUCACUUGCAUAAAUUCCACAUUCCUGAUUUGAUUUGUCAAUGCACUGUUGUCUUAUACCUGCUCCAUUUAUAGAUUCCAAAUUUAUAUCCUAUGGUAUAUUUUUCUAGCUUCAAAUUAAGUAAUGUACUUUUUAUAAGAUGUCAUUUCUGUGGGUUUGCUAUAUAGUAUUGCCUGAUUAAAGGUCUGUAAAUAGAAGCAAAGCAUUCUUAGCCAGAGGUACAUUUACUGUUGCAUGGUAGAGGAAUAUCUUUCUCUUUCUAAACUAUGUUAUUAUGAGUUUCACUAAAGUAAAACUGUAUAUGAUCAAAUCUUCUAAGAAAUAUUACUCCCAAUUACUUAAAUUUCCCAGAGUCCUACCAGAUCAAAGAAUAUUCAACUUCCAACACUUGUCAAAGGGGACUGGGGAACAAAUUAUUUUACCCAGAGCUAUUUUGCUCUGUUAUAGCAGAAGAUGUCAAUAUUUUCAAAGCCAUAAUAUAUAUCUUAUUCUAACUCUAAAAUAACAUCUUUAAAUAACUCAUCUUAUUUUAACUCAUAAAAUUAUAAUGUUCUGUAGCAUGCUGAAAUGCAGAGGUGUAAAUAAAGUCAUUCACAGGAAGUCUUUCUUUU